GGAGCUACUGGUUACAUGAUCCUAUAUGCACCUCUCACUGAGGGAUUAGCUGCAGAUGAGAAAGAGACGAAGGUUCCUGCAUCCAUUACUGAUGUUGAGUUGGAUGGACUGACUCCCAGUACAGAAUAUACAGUGACAGUCUAUGCAAUGUUUGGAGAAGAAGCCAGUGAUCCACUCACAGGACAAGAAACUACAUUGCCGUUAACUCCUCCCAGAGACCUCAGAUUUUCAAAUAUUGAUCACAGCUCGGCUACUGUCUCCUGGGACCACUCGCACAAGAAUGUUAAUGGUUACCGGAUUAUGUAUGUGAAAACGGGAGGUUUGGACAUCAAUGACGUGGAAGUUGGCCGAACUUCAACCCAGAACUUAAAGAGACUGGCAUCGCUCACAGAGUACACAGUAGCGAUUUUCUCUGUUUUUGAUGAAGGACAAUCUGAGCCCCUCACAGGCACUUUUACAACAAAGCCAGUGCCAUCUCCUCGUGAUCUGAAAGUCAGGGAUAUCACCUCCCACAGUUUUAUGGCUUAUUGGACACAUUUUGCACCAGAUAUAACUAUGUACAGACUGCGAUGGACACCCCGGAGAGGUGGCACCACCAAAGAGGCUAUAAUUAAAGGGGACAUCAGCUCCUAUCUUAUUGAUGGCUUGACAUAUAGCACAGAGUAUGAAGUCUCCUUGUCUGCCAUCUUUGCUGAUGAAUCUGAAAGUGAUUCUCUGUCGGCCUUGGCUACGACACUGAUGCGGACCACUCAGGCUCCAACUACAGCCAGACCAACAACAUCAGCUGUCCGAUUUGGAAUCAGAAACCUCAAAAUAGAUGAUGAAACGACAUCUAGUCUUCAUGUAUCAUGGGUUAUGAAUGAUGCUAACAUUCGUCAGUACAUCGUGUCCUACAUCACUGCUUAUGGAGAUCGGGAAGAAGUGAAAAUCGUAGCAGGUCGGGAAAAAUGAUAUUGUGCUGCAAUCUCUGCUCUCUGACACUGAGUACAAAGUCACUGUGACUCCUGUGUACUUCAAAGGAGAAGGGAACCCUGUGUCUGUCUCUGGAAGAACACUGCCGCUCUCUGCUCCAAGGAACCUGCGAGUUUCUGAUGAAUGGUAUAACAAACUGAGGAUAACAUGGGACCCUCCUCCUUCACCAACCAUGGGUUACAGGAUAGUGUAUAGGCCUACGACCGGCACAGGUCCUGCUCUAGAGACAUUUGUGGGCGAUGAUGUGAACACCAUAUUGAUUCUCAAUCUUCUCAGUGGGACGGAAUACAACUUGAAGGUUCUGGCAUCAUAUUCCACUGGAUUUAGCGAUGCUUUAACUGGAGUGGGCAAAACACUAUAUCUUGGAGUAACAAAUCUGAGUGCUUAUCAAGUGAAGAUGAACAGUAUCUGUUCCCAAUGGCAGCUGCACAAACACGCAACUUCCUACAGGAUCAUCAUCGAGUCAUUGCAGGAUGGCUCCAAGCAAGAAGCUGUCCUGGGUAGUGGAACAUCUCGGCACUGUUUCUACGAACUUAUGCCCAACUCCAGAUACAGGAUCACCGUCUAUGCACAGAUACAGGAGGCUGAGGGACCCGGCGUCAGUAUUGUGGAAACAACCUUGCAAGUUCCAACAGCAGCACCAACCAGACCUCCAACUCCACCACCAACCAUUCCUGCGGCCCGAGAUGUGUGUAAGUCUGCCAGAGCAGACCUAGUAUUCCUGGUGGAUGGAUCCUGGAGUAUCGGAGAUGACAACUUUCACAAAGUCACCCGUUUCCUGUACAGCACAGCAGGAGCCAUGGGUGACAUCGGUCCUGAUGGGACACAGGUUGGAGUCGCUCAGUACAGUGAUGAUGCAAGAACAGAAUUUAAGCUGAACUCACAUAAAAGCAAACAAUCUCUUCUGGCCGCUAUAAAUGCCAUAGCUUACAAAGGCGGGAACACCAAAACAGGCAGAGCAAUUAAGCAUGUCCGCGAAGAUUUGUUUACUGUGGAAUCUGGCAUGAGAAAAGGUGUGCCCAGGGUUUUGGUGGUGAUUACUGAUGGUCGCUCUCAAGAUGACACUGUAAAGUUUGCCAGCCAAAUGCAUUUGGAAGGCUUCAGCAUUUUUGCCAUUGGCGUGGCGGAUGCAGACUACAACGAGUUAGUGAACAUUGGCAACAAGCCCAGCGAGAGACAUGUCUUCUUCGUUGAUGACUUUGAUGGAUUCAAGAAAAUAGAAGAUGAGCUGGUCACUUUUAUUUGCGAGACAGCAUCAGCAACUUGUCCAUGGGCCUACAUCCAAGGCAACAGUGUGUCAGGUUUUAAAAUGAUGGAAAUGUUUGGGUUGGUGCACAAGGAAUACGCCACCUUGGACGGAGUCUCCAUGGAGCCUGGAACAUUUAAUAACUUUCCAUGCUACAGGAUACACAAAGACGCUCUGGUGUCCCAGCCCACCAAACAUAUCCAUCCAGAGGGACUCCCUUCAGAUUAUACCAUCUCCUUCCUUUUCCGAAUACUCCCUGAUACCCCGAAGGAACCAUUUGCACUGUGGGAAAUCUUAAACAAAGACUAUGAGCCAUUGGUUGGCGUAAUACUUGACAAUAACGGUAAAACACUAACUUAUUUCAAUUACGACAAUAAGGCACAGUUUCAGACUAUUACCUUUGAAGGACCCGAGGUUAGAAAAAUAUUCCAUGGCAGCUUUCAUAAGAUGCAUAUUAUAGUUACGAAGACUAAUUCUAAGCUAAUCAUCGACUGCAAACAAGUUGCAGAAAAGCCAAUAAACACUGCUGGAAAUAUCACCGUAGACGGUCUAGAAGUCCUCGGCCGGAUGGUGAGAUCCCGUGGACCCAGAGACAAUUCUGCUCCAUUCCAGCUGCAGAUGUUUGACAUUGUGUGUACAUCAACCUGGGCCAAUCGUGACAAGUGCUGCGAGCUUCCGGCAUUGAGAGAUGAAGCCACCUGUCCUCCUCUUCCAAAUUCCUGCUCCUGCGAACAGGAGAACAAAGGAUUACCCGGGCCCCCAGGACCUCCGGGUGGUGGUGGUAUGAUGGGGACCCAAGGGAUCACAGGGGGAAACAGGCUUAUCGGGGCCAGACGGCCAACAAGGCCCAUCAGGCCCACCAGGAGUUCAUGGACCACCCGGACCCCAGGGACCAAGUGGACAUUCCAUUCAGGGACCAUCUGGUGUUCCUGGUUCAAAAGGAGAUAAAGGAGAAGCUGGGCUUCAAGGAAAUCAGGGAAUUCCUGGCCCAGCAGGGGCUCCUGGAAUAGAAGGACCUGUGGGACAAAGGGGAUUACCAGGAAAAGAUGGCGCGACCGGAUCCUCCGGACCCCCUGGACCAAUGGGUGCUCCAGGUAAUCCGGGAUCCCCAGGCGCUUCAGGAGGCUCAGGACGUCAGGGUGAGAGUGGACCACCGGGUCAACCUGGUAUAAAAGGAGAAAGAGGAGAAAGAGGGGACACCCAGUCACAGAACAUGGUUCGUGCAAUUGCUCGCCAAGUGUGUGAACAAAUCAUACAGAGUCAUAUGGCCAGAUUUAAUUCACUACUGAACCAAGUACCAAGUCAGUCUGUAUCGGUCAGAAGUAUCCCUGGGCCCCCAGGACAGCCAGGCUCACAGGGUCCACAAGGUCCACCUGGAGAACAAGGAUCUCCUGGAAGACCAGGAUUCCCUGGCAGCCCUGGCUCACAAGGAACAGCUGGAGAAAGAGGUUUAACUGGUGAAAAGGGAGAGAGAGGAAACUCUGGAGUAGGAACACAAGGACCAAGGGGUCCUCCGGGACCUCCAGGAUCCCCGGGUGAAGGUCGUACUGGAAAUCAAGGUCCAGUUGGGGUUCCUGGCCAGCGUGGCCUCCCAGGUCCUCCAGGAAAUACCGGUUCUAUGGGCCAGCCGGGUCCUCAAGGUUAUUGUGACGCUGCCUCGUGUGCUGGAUAUGGCUUAAUACCUUACAAUGACUACGAACGUUGA